AUGGAUAUCUCCAAACCAGUCGGUUCAGAUAUCACCUCUGUUGACUUUGGUAUUCUUUCAGCAGAGGAAAUCCGCAAACUAUCUGCCAAACAAAUCACUAAUCCAACGGUUUUUGAUAAUUUGGGUCAUCCAAUCUCUGGUGGUUUAUAUGAUCUUGCCUUGGGUGCAUUCUUGAGAAACUUAUGUUCCACAUGUGGUUUAGAUGAUAAGUUUUGUCCUGGUCAUCAAGGUCACAUUGAAUUACCAAUCCCAGUUUAUAAUCCAUUAUUUUUCAAUCAAUUAUACAUCUUUUUAAGAAGUGCAUGUUUAUACUGUCACAAUUUUAGAUUGAGAACUAUAGAAACACAUCGUUAUGCAUGUAAAUUGAAAUUAAUUCAAUAUGGUUUAUUACUUGAGUUGAAUGAAUUAGAUAACAUCUCUGCAGGUAUUUCUCUUGAUGAUGAUGAUGAAGCUGAAGAAGAAAACUCAAAUGAAGCCGCAAAUCCACAAGCUGAUAGAGAUUUGAUGGCUAAAAGAGAAGAUUUCGUCAACACUGCUAUUGCUAAAGCUUUAAGUGAAGGCAGAACUUCAGAAAAUGGUAUCAUUACUGCUACUGUUGCUGAAGAACGUAAACAUUUGAUCCAUGAGUUUUACAAAAAAAUCUUAUCAAGACCAAAAUGUGCCAAUUGUAGCAUGUUUUCACCAACUUUCCGUAAGGAUGGUUUCACAAAGCUUUUUGAAAAUCCAUUGAAAGAAAAACAAGAAUUAAACAACAGAGUUAAAGGUCAUGCUCGUCAAGAUAUGUUGAAAACGAAAGGUGGUGAUAAAAUGGAUGUUGAUUCAACUCCUGCAAAGAGAACUACCGGUUCUAAAUAUGUUUUAAGUUCAGAAGUUAGAAACAUCAUGCGUGCUUUAUUCAAAAAGGAACACAACAUUUUCCAUUAUUUAUUCCAUUCAAGACCAAGAUCAACUGAAAAAGUUAGUUCAGAUAUUUUCUUUUUACAAGCUGUUGUCGUUCCACCAACUAGAUUCCGUUUACCAUCUAAAUUAGGUGAAGAAGUCCAUGAAAAUUCACAAAAUGAAUUGUUAUCAAAAAUUUUAAAUACUUCAUUACUUAUUAGAGAUUUAAAUGAUCAAAUCUCUACAGUUCAAAAAGAUCAAAUCACAGUGGAAGAAAGAAAAAUCACUUUCAACAGAUUAAUGAAUGCUUUUGUUACUAUUCAAAAUGAUGUCAACGCUUUCAUUGAUUCUACUAAAAAUCAAAAUGCCAAUGCUGCUAGAACUGCUGCUCCAGGUAUUAAACAAGCUUUAGAAAAGAAAGAAGGUUUAUUCAGAAAACAUAUGAUGGGUAAGCGUGUUAACUAUGCUGCUCGUUCUGUUAUUUCACCAGAUCCAAAUAUUGAAACUAAUGAAAUUGGUGUUCCACCAGUUUUUGCUGUUAAAUUAACUUACCCAGAACCUGUUACAUCUCAUAAUGCUGGUGAAUUACGUCAAGCUGUUAUUAAUGGUCCAGAUAAAUGGCCAGGUGCUACACAAAUUCAAAAUGAAGAUGGUUCUUUAGUUUCAUUGAUUGGUAUGACUACUGAUCAACGUAAAGCUUUAGCUAACCAAUUGUUAACUCCAUCUGGUAACGCAAGUCAUGUUUUAAACAAGAAAGUUUUCCGUCAUAUUAAAAACAAUGAUAUUGUUAUCAUGAAUCGUCAACCAACUUUACAUAAAGCUUCUAUGAUGGGUCAUAAAGUCAGAGUUUUACCAGGUGAAAAGACUUUACGUUUACAUUAUGCUAACACCAAUGCUUAUAAUGCUGAUUUUGAUGGUGAUGAAAUGAAUAUGCAUUUCCCACAAAAUGAAAAUGCCAGAGCUGAAGCUUUGAAUUUAGCAAAUACUGAUUCUCAAUAUUUAACUCCAACUUCUGGUUCACCAUUAAGAGGUUUGAUUCAAGAUCAUAUUUCUGCUGGUGUUUGGAUUACAAAUAAAGACAGUUUCUUCACAAGAGAAGAAUAUCAACAAUACGUUUACGGUUGUAUUCGUCCAGAAGAUGGUCAUUCAUCAAGACCAAAAUUAGUUACUGUUCCACCAGCAAUUUUCAAACCAGUUCCAUUAUGGACUGGUAAACAAAUCAUCACAACUGUUCUUUUGAACAUUACUCCUGUUUCAAUGCCAGGUAUCAACUUAUUAUCUAAAAAUAAAAUUAAGAAUGAAUACUGGGGUCAAGGUUCAAGAGAAAAUGAAGUUUUAUUCAAAGAUGGUGCUUUAUUAUGUGGUAUUUUGGAUAAAUCACAAUAUGGUGCUUCUCAAUAUGGUAUCGUCCAUUCUUUACAUGAAGUUUAUGGUCCAUCUGUUGCUGGUAAAGCUUUAUCUGUUUUGGGUAGAUUAUUCACAAAUUACAUUCAAUCAACUGCUUUUACUUGUGGUAUGGAUGAUUUACGUUUAACUGCUGAAGGUAACCAAUGGAGAAAUGAAAUAUUGUUAACUUCUGUUGAUGUUGGUCGUUUAGCUGCUGCUGAAGUUACUAAUUUAGACAAAUCUACUAAACAUGAUGAUCCUGAAUUAUUGAAACGUUUAGAAGAAGUUUCUCGUGAUGAUAACAAAGCUGGUAUUUUAGAUGCUGUUACUCAAUCUAAAGUUAAUGCUAUUACAUCUUCAGUUGUCUCUAAAAUUAUUCCAGAAGGUACUAUGAAGAGAUUCCCAUACAAUUCAAUGCAAGCGAUGGCCUUAUCAGGUGCUAAAGGUUCAAAUGUUAAUGUUUCCCAAAUUAUGUGUCUUUUAGGUCAACAAGCUUUAGAAGGUAGACGUGUCCCAGUUAUGGUUUCUGGUAAAACUUUACCUUCUUUCAAACCUUAUGAAACUGAUGCUAGAGCUGGUGGUUAUAUUAAAGGUCGUUUCUAUUCUGGUAUUAGACCACAAGAAUAUUAUUUCCAUUGUAUGGCUGGUCGUGAAGGUCUUAUUGAUACUGCUGUUAAAACUUCUAGAUCUGGUUACUUACAACGUUGUUUGACUAAACAAUUGGAAGGUGUUCACGUUUCAUAUGAUAACUCUGUUAGAAAUGGUGAUGGUAGCUUGUUACAAUUCUUGUAUGGUGGUGAUGCUGUUGAUGUUACUAAAGAAUCACACAUGAACCAAUUCAAAUUCUGUAUUGAUAAUUAUGAUGCUUUAUUAACUAAAUACAAACCAGGUGAAUUGAUUGAACAUUUGGAUACUGAAAGUGCUAACAAAUAUUCUAAGAAGGUUCGUAAGAACAUGAAGAAAAACAAAGAUAUUCCACAUUUCGCUCAAUCUACUAAAUAUGAUCCAACAUUAUCAGUUUACAACCCAUCUAAAUAUUUGGGUUCAGUUUCUGAAACUUUCCAAAACAAAUUAGAUUCAUUUAUUGAAGAAAAUCCAAAAUUAUUUACUAAAUCUGGUUUAUCUGAAAGUAAAUUCCGUGCUUUAAUGCAAUUGAAAUAUAUGCGUUCAUUAAUUAACCCAGGUGAAUCUGUUGGUAUUAUUGCUGCUCAAUCUAUUGGUGAACCUUCAACACAAAUGACAUUAAACACUUUCCAUUUCGCUGGUCACGGUGCUGCUAAUGUUACUUUAGGUAUUCCACGUAUGAGAGAAAUUAUUAUGACUGCUUCUGCUGCUAUUAAAACACCACAAAUGACAUUACCAUUAUUAGAUGAAGUUAAUGAUGAUCAAGCUGAUGCAUUCUGUCGUUCAAUUGCUAAAGUUGUCUUCUCUGAACUUGUUGAUCAUGUUACUGUUACUGAAACCUCAGGUGAUUCUGAAGAUGGUAACCCAACUCGUUCAUACGCCAUUCAUUUCGAAUUCUUUGAAAAUAAACAAUAUCAUGAAGAAUAUGAUGUCUCUAAAGAACAAUUGGAACAAGUUAUUACUAGUACAUUCUUAAAAACUUUAGAAGCUCAAAUUGUUAAAGAAUUGAAGAAACAAAAGAAGGUUGGUUCAGAAUCAUUACCAGAAAUUGGUAAAGCUGUUCCAAAAUCACAAUCACAAAUCACUUCAGAUGACCGUGUUCCAUCUAAAUCCAAUGAUAAUGAUGACGAUGAUGCUGAUGAUGAAAAAUCACGUACCAAAGGUAAACAAUCAGUUUCAUAUGACGAACCAGAUGAUGAUGAAAUUGAAACUAUGAGAAACGCUGAAAAAUCAUCAGAUGAAGAAAUGGAUUCAGAUUCAGAUAAUGAUAGUGAUUCAGACUCAGACUCAGAUGAUGAAGCUGCUGCUAAUACUACAUUCUCUGGUGAAUUAUCAAAAUCAGCUCGUGAUCGUCAAUCUGCAGUUUUAGGUGCUCAUAAUUUGAUUACUAAAUUCAACUUUGAUGAUGAAAAUGGUCAAUGGUGUGACUUUAAACUAGAAUUAGAUGCUAAAACACAAAAAUUACUUAUGGUUAAUAUUGUUGAAGAUAUUUGUCGUAAAGUUGUUGUCAAAGAAGUUCCACGUAUUGGUCGUUGUUUACAUCCACAACCAGAAAAUGGUAAACGUGUUUUAACCACUGAAGGUGUUAACUUCAAUGCUAUGUGGGAUUAUGAUGAUUUCAUUGAUGUUAAUGGUAUCACUUCAAAUGAUAUUGCUGCUGUCUUACAUACUUAUGGUGUUGAAGCUGCUAGAAAUACCAUUGUUAAUGAAAUCAGUAACGUUUUCGGUCGUUAUGCUAUUUCAGUUAGUAGUCGUCAUUUAGAUUUGAUUGGUGAUAUGAUGACAAGAGAAGGUACUUAUUUGGCUUUCAACCGUCAAGGUAUUGAUUCAUCUACUUCAACAUUUAUGAAGAUGUCUUAUGAAACAACAUGUCAAUUCUUAACUAAAGCUGUCUUGGAUAGUGAACGUGAAGAAUUAGAAAGUCCUUCAGCUAGAAUCGUGUUGGGUAAAUUAGCAGGUGUUGGUACAGGUAGUUUUGAUUUAUUAUCUCGUAUGCCAGCUAAUGCUUAG